GCUCUGAUUCCAUCUCACAUUAUUUCGCUUAUACGACGGCGACGGAGCAAAAUAAUUUAGAACCCUCGACGAGUUUUCGAUUGAACGAAACAAAAAAGAAGGUAACCAGAUUUUGAAGCGAGAGGAGGAGAAACAAAAAGAAGAGCAAUCAUGGGGAUGAAAUUUCUGAACAAGAAGGGUUGGCAUACGGGGAGUCUCCGUAACAUCGAGACUGUAUGGAAGGCUGAGCAGAAACAAGAGGCUGAGCAGAAAAAGCUUGAAGAGCUUCGUCUCCAGAUCUUGCAGGAGAGGGAGCGUUCUGAGUUUCGUGCUCUCCAGGAACAAGCCGGUCUCAUCCCGAGACAAGAGAGAUUAGAGUUUCUGUAUGAUUCUGGAUUAGCUGUAGGGAAGGGAAGUGCGAGUGGUUCAGGUGUUUCGUUUCAGAAAGAAGAGCAGCCUUUAGCCAAAUCUGAAGCUGGUAGUAGUGCCAGUGAGAAGCCAGAUCAGUCAGCUCCUGGUGCGCUGUUUGAGGAGAAGGCACAAUCUGCUAAUGAUUCGUGGAGGAAACUUCACUCUGAUCCUUUGCUUCUCAUCAGGCAGCGUGAACAGGAAGCUCUUGCCAAAAUCAAGAAUAAUCCUGUCAAAAUGGCUCUUAUUCGUAAAUCGGUAGAAGAAAAAGGAAAGGGUAAAGAUGGAGACACAAAGGAGCACAAGAAGAAGCAUAAGCGUAAAAGUGGAAAGCAUCAGAAGCAAUCUUCAUCCAGACAGCGGUCUGAUUCGGAAGAAGAUUCUGGUGAAGAGAAUAACGGAAGAAAAUCUCACCAUCAGAAAACGUCAGGGACUCAUGACAGACACUAUGAAAGACCAAGGUCAGAUUUAGAAGAUGAGUCAAAAGGAAGAGAGAGUCGUGAUAGGCACUAUGAGAAACGAAGGUCAGAACUAGAUGAUGGGCACAAAAGAAGAGAGAGACAUGAUACGCACUAUGAGAGACGAAGGUCAGAAAUGGAUGAUGAGUCAAAAAGAAGAGAAAGUAGGGAUAAUCACUAUGAGAGACGAAGGUCAGAUUUGGAUGAUGAGUCCAAAAGAAGAGAAAGUCAUGAUAAGCACUUUGAGAGACAAAGGUCAGAUUUGGAUGAUGAGUACAAAAGAAGAGAAAGUCAAGAUAAGAGACGAAGGUCAGAUAUUGAUGAUGAACCAAAAAGAAGAGAUGCUCGACCGAAUGAGAAAUAUCGAAAUCGCUCCCCUAAAGGCGGUGUGGAAAGGGAAAAUCUUAAGAGUUAUGGUCAAGAGGAUAAAAAGAGGAAAGCAGAGGAUUUAGACAGUGGAAAACCGAAUGAAUACCAGAAUAGACGCCGGAAAGGUGGCUCUAAGCUAUCAGAAGAAGAAAGAGCUGCUAGAUUGAAGCAAAUGCAAAUGGAUGCAGAGGUGCACGAGGAGCAAAGAUGGACAAGAUUGAAGAAAGCCGAUGAGACCGAUGCAGUGGAAGCUGAUAAGAACAAAGUAUCCACGGGCAAGAGCUUUUUGGACGAUGCUAAUAAGAGUGUGUAUGGAGUUGAGAAAGGCGGAAGCUCAACAAUUGAAGAAAGCGUGCGUCGCAGAAGCUAUUAUUCACAACGUGGAACUGCAGCUGAAGGCAAUGCGUUUCGACGCUGAUGAUGUAAAAAUAUUGUUACAACAAAACACAAUGUAUACUAAGGUUUGUGUCUUUUUUGAUAUUUUUUUUCAGUUUUUGACAUUGUAUUUCUGAUUCCAGAAUAUUGUUGAGCAUCAAGCUCUUUAGGUCUUUUGAUAUAUGAAGACAACGAGGCUGAGGCCCAUUGUCAUAAGCCCAUUAUGGGGUGGUCCAGUGUUUUAUCCCGGAUCGAGCGUGGGAUUUGAAUAGUUAGUGUGUAAUCUUAUUCAGUGAGUGGGACGUUGAAAUGAGGUGUAUGAGUCAGUCAAUGAAUACCCGUGACAUGUAGUUAAGCCAUAAUACUCCAAGAUUCCCCUUUGGCACCUUUUAAAUAAACCACGAGAUGAAGCCACUCUCUCUUUUGUCUU